GUGAAAGUGCUCGGAGGGGGCCCGUCAAUUUGCAUUGCUAAAUAAUCUUUAGAGCCGACAGAGUGGGGCAGCAACAGAACAGUCCAUUUUGAAAAGGCAUUCCUGCAACACUUGGUCAAUGUGCCGGAGCUUCAGCUCGACCAGACAGCGGUUAAUGAAAACCUGGUGUCGGCUUUCGCGUAAAGGCGCAUAGUUGGGGGGUGGUGAGAGCCCUGCUGGGAAGCGGAGCGGGGAUUUGUGGAGUAUUUACGGGUCCGCUAAAUCUUUCCUUUGAGAGGAACCAUAAACCAUGCUUUUUGAAAUACGUGGCUUCAGGUUUUGCUCUUGUGCAAGGAUGUUGGCAGCUCUGGUAUUUAUUCUGCUUUGUAUCCAGCCUGGACACGGACAGACCUGCACAGAAGGUUUUGCGUAUGACCGCAGGGCAAGACAGUGUAGAGAUGUGGAUGAGUGCCGUAUGCUGCCAGAUGCUUGCCGGGGAGACAUGCACUGCGUGAACCAGAACGGAGGCUACCUGUGCAUCCCGAGGAGCUUAUACAACCAGCCGUACAGACCGGAAACCCCGGCCCUGCCCGAGCCGGUGUACCCGGACCCGUCGGUUGGAUUUUCAGAAACCUUUGUCCCGGCUGCUCCGAGAUCUGUGGAGCCCAGCUACCCUAGAGUGAGGACCACUGCACAGUGCAUCCUGGGAUAUGCCCCUGCAGAGGAUGGCACCUGUAACGACAUCGAUGAAUGUGAGACAAACUCCCAUCACUGUAACCCCACCCAGGUCUGCAUCAAUACAGCAGGUGGCUACACCUGUUCCUGCACUGAAGGAUACUGGCUCAUUGGUGGACAGUGCCAGGAUAUUGAUGAAUGUCGCUAUGGUUACUGCCAACAGCUGUGCGCCAACAUCCCUGGUUCUUAUUCCUGUUCCUGCAACCCCGGCUUCAUCCUCAACCCGGACAGCAGGACCUGUCAAGAUGUGGAUGAGUGUGAAGAUGAACCGUGCACUCACGGCUGCUUCAACACCUACGGCUCCUUUAUGUGCAACUGUGACGAGGGGUUCGAGCUGGCGUCCGACGGUACUUCAUGCAUUGACUUGGAUGAGUGCAGCUUCUCUGAGUUUCUGUGUCAGCACAGAUGUGUGAACACCCCCGGUUCCUUCUCCUGCAUCUGUCCGCCGGGAUAUUACGUAUACGAGGACGGCAGGAGCUGUGAAGAUAUCAAUGAAUGUGACACUGGUAACAACACCUGUACAACAGCACAAGUAUGUUUCAAUUUCCAGGGAGGCUAUACAUGCCUGGAUCCUUUACAGUGUCACGCUCCUUACAUCGAUGUUAGUGACAAUCAGUGUAUGUGUUCUGCUGAGAACCCUGCCUGCAGGGACAAACCCUUCACUAUUCUUUACCGACACAUGGACUUGUCGUCGGGGCGCACUGUGCCUGCAGACAUCUUCCAGAUGCAGGCCACCACGCGCUACCCCGGCGCCUUCUACAUCUUCCAGAUAAAGUCGGGCAACGAAGGACGAGAGUUUUACAUGAGGCAAACCAGCAACGUGAGCGCCACCCUCGUCUUGUCACGGCCCAUCAAGGGACCAAGGGAGGUGGUGCUGGACCUGGAGAUGGUCACGGUCAACAACGUCAUCAACUUCAGAGGCAGCUCCAUCAUACGUCUGAUGAUAUUUGUCUCAGAGCACCCGUUCUGAGCGUCCCAAAUGGACUUGGUGGCCCACCCCCAAAGGAGCGAGCUGCGCUCAUCUGCAGCUGAUGUAAUGGUUUGUUUGGGACAGCUCACCUUUGUUUGUGUUUUUCUUUUGAAAUCAUAAUGUCAUCCUCAAUAAAGGCACGUCCGAUAAAGACUCAGCUGAUGGGAAAGCAUCCCUGUGCUUGAAUCCCCACCCUGGUUUAAUGGACACUGAGCUUUUAUGGCUGCGAUAUGGACGUUUGACACAGAUGGAUGUUUAUGGUGUACAAUUUCUGACAUCCUGUAUUUAGAAAAUGACCUGAAAACAUGGAAAUUACCCCUCCUGAGUACCAGUGUAAACACAGUAGAGUUCCCCCAGUUGUCUGUGAAUUUUCAUCCCUUCAGAUAAGCUGUGAAAGUGACUUUUAUAUGCCUGAAUUCAAGAGCUGUCAUCACAUCCCGAGCGCCAUCAGAUGGUUGUUGUGUGUUUUCACGAGGUCGCUCCUCUGAGCAGAAGUGUAAUUGUGCAUUUGCAGUGGCAGUAUUUGAAAUGAUGUAAAAACCAGUCAUUAACUGAAUUAUUGAUCACAGUUUCUUUUAGACCAAUAAAUGUCUUCACCACACAACUGUC